CCGCCCCGUCGCGCAGGUGCAGCGGCCGCGGGGCCGGGGCCGGGGCCGGGCUCGGGCUCGGCCUCAGCGGCGGGGGUCGGCGGAGCGGGAGCCUGGAGCGGCGGAGCUCCAAGAAGCAUCAGACCGAAGGCAGGAGCAGCUGAGCCUUGGGAGAAGGUACCGAUGCCGCUUGUUGGAUGGCACAGCUUCACGUGCAGUUGUUGCUGAAGGACUGCGAGCCCUGGUUUUGGAAGAUCCUUUUCUGAAUGAGUCCCUUGAGCGUGGAAACCCACCCGUCUCCUCAGUGUGGCUUGGGCAGCAUCCGAAGGUAGAGCAGAUGAGGGGCCUUGGGGAGCCAGCCGUGUGAGAGGGACCAGACACACCGCUUCAGCCAAGGUUUGGAAGCUCUGGCCAUGGAUCAGAAAGGUUAUCGACGGGGGAGUUUCCAGAGCAGCACUAGUGAUGAAGAUAUGCUGGAAAUAGCAGGAGCAUCUCUGGACUUCUCCAUGGCAGACGAUGACCCGCCACUUGACAGGGAGAUGGGAGGAUUUUCCUCAUAUAAUGGAGGAGGGAUGAACGGCACAAGCACAAUGAUGGAUUUCCUGGAGGAACCUCUUCCUGGUGUGGGCACCUAUGAAGAUUUUAACACUAUAGAUUGGGUGCGAGAGAAGUCCAGGGACCGGGACAGGCACAGAGAGAUCACCAGUAGAAGUAAGGAGUCCACCUGGGCACUGAUACACAGCGUGAGCGAUGCCUUUUCUGGCUGGUUGUUGAUGCUUCUCAUUGGGUUGUUGGCAGGUUCCUUAGCGGGUCUGAUAGACAUUUCUGCCCACUGGAUGACAGAUUUGAAAGAAGGAGUGUGUUUAGCAGGCUUCUGGUUUAACCAUGAGCACUGUUGCUGGAAAUCCAACACAACCUUUACAGACAGAGACAAGUGUCCUGAGUGGAAGAGCUGGUCCCAGCUGAUCCUUGGCCAUGGAGAGGGGGCUUUUGCAUAUAUUCUCAACUACUUCAUGUAUGUUAUCUGGGCCUUGCUGUUCUCCCUUCUUGCUGUGUUACUUGUGAAGGGGUUUGCUCCUUAUGCCUGUGGCUCAGGGAUCCCAGAGAUCAAAACUAUCUUAAGUGGUUUCAUCAUUAGAGGCUACCUGGGCAAGUGGACGUUGAUCAUCAAAACCAUCACCUUAGUGUUGGCGGUGUCCUCUGGGCUGAGCCUGGGCAAAGAGGGGCCUCUGGUGCAUGUCGCCUGCUGCUGUGGAAACAUCUUGUGUCAUCUCUUCACCAAAUAUAGGAAGAACGAAGCAAAGCGUAGAGAGGUUUUAUCAGCAGCUGCAGCUGCUGGUGUGUCUGUAGCUUUUGGUGCACCGAUUGGAGGAGUGCUGUUUAGUCUGGAAGAGGUCAGCUACUACUUUCCUCUCAAGACGCUGUGGCGCUCCUUCUUCGCUGCUCUGGUCGCUGCGUUUACGCUGCGCUCCAUCAACCCUUUCGGGAACAGCCGCCUGGUUCUCUUCUAUGUGGAGUUUCACAUGCCAUGGCAUCUUCUGGAGCUCGUGCCAUUCAUCCUUUUGGGAAUAUUUGGUGGGCUUUGGGGAGCUUUCUUCAUUCGCAGCAACAUUGCCUGGUGCAGGCGACGAAAGACGACCAAGCUUGGCAAAUACCCUGUGCUGGAGGUGUUUGUAGUGACUGCGAUCACAGCCAUUCUGGCCUUCCCCAACGAGUACACCAGAAUGAGCACCAGUGAGCUGAUUUCUGAGCUCUUCAAUGACUGUGGGAUUUUGGACUCAUCCAAGCUCUGCGAGUAUGUGAAUGAUUUCAACAGCACCAAAGGGGAUGACCUGCCAGACCGAGCUGCUGGCCCAGGAGUUUACACUGCCAUGUGGCAGCUGGCUUUGGCCCUUAUAAUGAAAGUCUUCAUCACGAUCUUCACCUUUGGCAUGAAGGUCCCUUCUGGUCUCUUCAUCCCCAGCAUGGCGGUGGGUGCUAUAGCAGGCAGAUUGCUCGGAGUAGCCGUGGAGCAGCUGGCCUAUUACCACCACGACUGGGCCAUCUUCAGCGGCUGGUGCAGUCAAGGAGCUGACUGCAUCACUCCUGGCCUCUAUGCAAUGGUUGGGGCUGCAGCGUGUCUAGGUGGAGUGACCCGAAUGACUGUGUCACUAGUGGUCAUUAUGUUUGAGCUCACUGGUGGACUGGAAUACAUCGUUCCUCUGAUGGCAGCAGCAAUGACCAGCAAGUGGGUGGCUGAUGCCAUUGGACGGGAAGGCAUUUACGAUGCCCAUAUUCGCCUCAACGGAUACCCUUUCUUGGAAGCCAAGGAAGAGUUCUCACACAAGACACUUGCAAUGGAUGUAAUGAGGCCACGGAGGAAUGACCCUCCUCUGACUGUCAUCACUCAGGACAGCAUGACCGUGGAAGAUGUUGAGACCAUCAUCAGUGAAACCACGUACAGUGGCUAUCCAGUGGUGGUGUCACGGGAGUCCCAAAGGCUUGUUGGAUUUGUCCUCAGGAGAGACCUCAUCAUUUCAGUUGAAAAUGCCCGAAAGAAGCAGGAUGGGAUUGUGAGCACUUCAAUUAUUUAUUUCACUGACCACUCUCCUCCGCUGCCUCCAAGCUCCCCCUCUAUGCUGAAACUCAGGAGCAUCCUGGACCUCAGUCCUUUCACAGUGACAGACCAAACACCCAUGGAAAUCGUCGUGGAUAUAUUCCGCAAGCUGGGAUUGCGCCAAUGCCUGGUUACUCACAACGGGAAGCUACUCGGGAUCAUUACCAAAAAGGAUGUAUUAAAGCACAUUGCACAGCUGGCUAACCAGGACCCAGAUUCUAUACUCUUCAAUUAAAGGCAGAUUAGUAGGUAUUGUGUGUUCAACACAAAAGAAACUUUCUAGAGGAUCCUGGAUAUACUUUCCUAUUUUUAUUGAGACCAUGGAACUGUUUUCAGCGUUUUCUUCCGUGGAGCUGAAGAAGAUAAUUUUUUUUUCUACCAGAUAACCAAUUGCACUACAUAGUCUGUGGAACAUAAUCUUCUUUUUAGAAGAAAAAAAAGACUUUACGUUGCUUUUGUGAAGUUGCAUUGGGAAGAUUCCAUGAAGGAGUAAAAGCAAAAUGCUAUAGAAUUGUAUCUCCUCUUCUUAUUUUAUUUGAACUCUUGUUACUAACGUUGGGGGGGAAAGACAAGGUCUAUACCUUCAGAAAUUUUGAAGGAGAAGGAUGAUUUUGCACGCAGCAUUCAGGUGGUGGCAGAAAGAUAUGGUUGUGACUCAGGGGUGGUAUAUUUCCAGUUAGCCACUUGGUAAAAAUAAGAACCUUGUAAAGUCAAAAUAGGGGAGGGAAAUAAAAAGAAUUGGCUAGCUGAGGAUGUUUUGCUGAAAGAAGGAAAAAGACCCCCAAAACAAAACCCCCAGAAGACCAGAUCUCCUUAAAAUUGGGCCCAGUUUCUGAUUGGCAAGAAGCUUAUUUUGAUUAAUCUUCUGUGAAUGUAUUUAAUUACUCUGAUGCUGCCUUGCCUUGGGAGAACCCCAAGGAGGAGGCAGAAGGAGUUAACAGCUGUAUUCUCGUUGUGAUCCCUUUUUAAGAUAUACGCCUAAGGAUUUCAUCUCCUUGAUUUCCCUUGAGCAUGUAAUUAAAAUCGCAAAGGCUGAGUCCUAAGUUAUUGCCCUGCCUUUACUGCACUUCCCAGUAAACUCUGAUCGUGUUGGAUAUUGCACAACUGACCUCUUCCUCAAUCAGCAGUGUCUUAGGUGGCUGAGGAUGUCCUACUGGAGAGCCCUGCGCCCGGGAUGUUUACAUGGAUGCGUGUGCUGUUCCCUGCUCCUCUCCUCAGCCCCGCACCCAACUCAGGCCCGGAUCCUGGCUGUAGGAUUGGCAACACUGCCACUUUAUGUACGUACACCGCUCGGUGUCUCUCCUUUUGCCAACAACUAUGCAAUAAAGCCCUUCCUGACCACUGUCAGCCAAGUAACUCGUUCCACAUCUGUGCUCCUCAAGUCCCUGUCCCAGAUCUUACCAAAUUAUUUUCCUGUUAAUAAAAUUGUGACCGUUUACUGGAAUUUUGAAGGUAUAUGAAUGCUUUCAGAGGUCGAUGUUCAUCAUGGCUUCAGUCUGUAGCAGAUGCCAUUUUACGGUCCGUGGCUGAGGCUCGUCGGUGGCAGCAGCAGGUUCCUCUGGCUCACCACCGAGGCUGCAGAAGGGAGCCAAGCUGUUGAGCAAUGGCCAAGAAUUAAGGAGUGGGGGCUCUGACUCUGCUUCCUGACGGACAAACCUCCGGCUGUUGAGCAGGUGUUGCACUUCGCACGGCCUCAGCCGCAGAGGCCAUGGUAACAACUCCCCUCGUCCCAGGCUGAGGCUUGGUGGCAGGAGGUGAUGGGUUCUCCAUGUGAGGCUGCUGCCGCUGCCCAUGAUAAAGCUGUUUUGUCGGGGCGUGGGGACUCCUGGCUAGAGUUGGCUGGAAGUUUGGUCAAUCUUAAACUCUCUCAAAUAUAAACAAAUUCCUCAUCUCUACUUGGAGCAGAAGCCAGCUCAUUUAUUUUUCAAAGCCAUCCAACAGUGAGUACCUGCUGCCACUGCUUUAACCUGGCAGUGAGGUGGUGAUGUCUUGAGUUCUUGUAUAGCUUAAAGCUGAAUCAAACCAAGAUGUUACUAAUGGAUCAGAUACCUUCUGCUUAGAAAAUAAAUGCCUUGACUUUG